GACAUAGUGACUGGAGAAUAACUUUUUAAGUUCUUCGGUGUGGUUUCUGCAGGUUUUUGAGUCUAACUUGUCUUCCUGAUUCCAUAGGCAACAGCAAGGCCACCCUUUGAAUCUUCUUUUUUGAAUUCCUACCAAAUAUUUUAACAGCUAGUUUCUUCGAAUAAGUUAGAAUUUGUCUACCCAUCUCAUCAAUCUCUGCAUUUCUCAGAGAAUAUGAUAUGGAAACUAACAAUAAAAACCCAGUUGCUGUUUUUCUUGCUUCAUUGAUCUUCCUUCUAUAUUCUUUUGCUGCUCAGUUUUGCCAUGCGAUUGACAUAAUCAGACAAGGCGAGAUAAUAGGGGAUGGCGAGACGUUGAUAUCUGAGAAUGGAAUUUUUGAACUGGGAUUCUUCAGUCCUGAAAACUCCCCAUUUAGAUUUGUCGGGAUAUGGUACAAGAUUGAUGUGAAAACAGAUGUAUGGGUUGCAAAUAGAGACAGUCCAAUAUCUGACAGAAGUGGAGUUUUGAGGAUAGGAGUUGAUGGUAACUUGGUUGUUCUGGAUGGAAAUAAGAGUUUAGUUUGGUCAACUAAUGUUUCAGGUUUAUCAACCAACACUGCAGCAAUUCUCCGGAAUACAGGAAAUCUCGUUCUAUCAAACAAUGAUACCAUUGGUGAUGACAGUAGGGCUCACUGGCAGAGCUUCAAUCACCCAACUGAUACAUUUCUGCCUGGAAUGAGAGUCCCAGUGAAUUCUGCGAUAGGAGAGUACCGUGCUUUUAGAGCAUGGAAAUCAGCCAAUGAUCCAUCACCAGGAAACUACACCAUGGGCGUUGAUCCUGAUGGAGGACCACAGAUAGUAAUAUGGGAUCAAAUGAGAAGACGGUGGCGAAGCGGGCAGUGGAACUCGGUGAUUUUUACAGGUGUCCCCGAAAUGAGUAAUACAGCUAGUUUCUUAUAUGGCUUCAAGCUUUCUCAUCCUGAUGAAAAUAGGACCCAGUAUUUUACAUAUGAUCCAUCAAAUUCUUCUACUUUAUUCAGAUUUCGAAUAGGCUGGGAUGGAAAGGAACAGCAGUUGAUGUGGGAUGAUGGAGGGACAAACUGGACAGUUCUGCAUUCACAGCCUGACUCUGCUAAUAAAUGUGAGCUUUAUAAUUAUUGUGGGAAUUAUGCGACCUGCCACAACUUUAAUUCUCCAAGUUGCAAUUGUUUAGAAGGGUUUAGACCAAAGUUUCCAGAGCAGUGGAGUAGAGGGAAUUGGUCAGGUGGGUGUGAACGGAGGAUUGAACUGCAGUGCCAUAGUACUAAUGGAACAGCAGGGGGAAAUGGUAAACCAGAUGGCUUUAAGGGAUUAAAUAGCAUGAAGUUACCCGAUUUAUCAAGCUUGUGGUUGUCUGCGGGGAACUUAGAUGCUUGUAGAGCAAGCUGCUUGGGAAAUUGUUCAUGUACUGCGUGUUCAUUUAUUUUAGGGAUUGGAUGCAUGAUAUGGACGGGAGAACUGGUUGAUAUUCAGCAUUUGGACCAGAGUGGAAGUUUACAGUUCUUCUACCGCCUCCAUCAUUCUGAAAUAGAUGGCACAAGGAAGAUAUCCAACCUUGUGAUAAUCAUAAUUUCUCUCGUGGGGGCAUGCUUCUUGGCGGUAUCUUUAUGGCUACUAUGGAGAUACAAGAAGAAUCUGAAAGGUUUGCCUGCAGUUUCAUCAAUGCCAUGUUGCAAGGACGAGGAUGUAGCAGUUUUUGAUGUGUCCAAGUCCAAGGGCAAAGAAGUUUCAUCAGAUCUUUCAGAACCAUCUGACAUCCUUAUAGAUAGGAAUGAAGUUAAUCGACCAGAAUUACCAAUUUUUAAUUUUAGCACUGUGGCAGCUGCAACAAACAGCUUCUGUGAAGGAAGCAGACUUGGGCAGGGGGGUUUUGGUGCUGUAUACAAGGUGACUUUCUUUAGUUACUUACAAAUUUGUAAUCGGUAUAAUUUUAUCGAAUUAAAGGUAAUACCAGUCACUGUUUAUUUUUGUCAACAGGGAGAACUUCCUGGAGGUCAAGAAAUAGCUGUAAAGAGGCUUUCAGGACAGUCUGGUCAAGGCUUAGAGGAGUUCAAAAAUGAGAUUAUCCUGAUUGCCAAACUGCAGCACAGAAAUCUUGUUAGACUAUUGGGCUGCUCCAUUCAAGGGGAAGAAAAGAUCCUAAUUUACGAAUACAUGCCCAAUAAAAGUUUGGAUAGCUUUCUUUUUGAUGAAGCCAAGCAAGCACAGCUAGACUGGAGAACCCGCCUCAGCAUUAUUGAAGGCAUUGCCAGAGGACUUCUUUAUCUCCAUCGAGAUUCAAGACUUAGAAUUAUUCAUAGAGACUUAAAGGCCAGCAACAUUUUGUUGGAUGCAGAAAUGAAUCCAAAGAUUUCAGACUUUGGCAUGGCCAGAAUAUUUGGGGGUAAUCAAAAUGAAGCAAAUACAGUUCGAGUAGUUGGCACAUAUGGAUAUAUGUCUCCUGAAUAUGCAAUGGAAGGCCUAUUUUCUGUGAAGUCAGAUGUUUACAGCUUUGGGGUAUUAUUGCUAGAAAUUGUUGGCGGCCGGAGAAAUACUGGCUUUCGUUCAUCUGAACACACAAGUCUCAUCGCAUAUGCAUGGCAUCUUUGGAUGGAAAAUAAAGCAAUGGAUCUCGUCGACCCUUGCAUUCGGGAUUCAUGCCCUCCAAACGAAGUGUUGAAAUGCAUACAUAUAGGCAUGCUGUGCGUGCAAGAUUCUGCAAUGCAUAGGCCAACAAUGGCAGCCGUGGUGUUAAUGCUUGAGAGUGAAACUCCUACACUUCCAAUGCCAAGACAACCCACUUAUACUUCCAAAAGGCGUUCCAUAGAUUCCGAAUUUAUUUGGGAUGGCCAGGAAAUUGUAUCUUCAAAUGAUGUCACGGUGACAAUGGUAGUUGGAAGAUAGAUUGAAUUGUUAGCUUCCCUUCCAUUGUUUUCAUAUGUUGAUAAAUUUAUGCAGAAUAUUAUAUAUUCGUUUACACCAUACAAAUUGUCCUGAACCUGGUGUUUAAUUUCUGCUUCUCUUCUUUGAAGUAUAUACAAGAGUUGUUCCAUUACCUUCUAUGCACGUUGUCAUUCCUUUUAAAGGGUGAUUCACCUUGAUUUGAAGGCUAGCAAUGUUCACGUAGAUAAAGACAUGAACCCAAAACUUUCAGACUUCGAAUUUGCGGGAAUCAAAAUUCAUCCCCUUCAUGAGUAAUGCAUUAAA